GGAGGGAGAAUGCUUUGAGGACCACUGCAGCCCCUCAUUGAAGCAGUGCUGCCAGUGUUCUCACAGACUCCCUGAUUGUGUUGAUUCAAGGGCUCAGAGCUGUGUGUCUGAACAGCGCCUGGGAACCUGAGCAGGAGGCUGCUGGCCAUGGGUGCCUCCAGGGUGAAGGUGUGGGCUGUGUCACUCAGCUCUGUGUUCCUGCUGUGCGUCUUGCCCUCUCAAGCCCAGCACUUUUAUUCUGGUUUACAAUCAGGAGAAGAACACAUGUAUGAAGGCUCCUUAGUCGAUCGAUAUGAUGAACAAUCUGGAUAUACUCACAGCGUUGAGUAUCCUGCAGAAUCCAAACGCGGCAGUGAAGAUGAGCACUCAGCAUCCGGCUUUGACCCCUAUGCACCUGCGGCCACCGUAGUCACCAUGAUCACUGAGGAAACUUACCCGUACAACACAGCCGUGGAGUCUUUUGAUUACGCCAAAGAGGAUAAAACCUUGAUAACACAGGUCCCUUAUGGAGGGGACGCUGAGCUGGGGCAGGAGGGACCCACCGAAUGCGACUGUGAAGCAGGAGAGCCCGGAUUUGGAGGCUUUGCUGGACCCAAGGGUUCUAAGGGUCUUCAAGGCAAACAGGGGUUUCCUGGGGUUCAAGGAAGGGAGGGUUACAAAGGAACCAAAGGAGUGAGAGGAAGAGGAGGAGACACCGGCCCUGAGGGCGUUUCUGGGCCUGAUGGAGAAGAUGGUGCAUCUGGUUUCUCUGGUGCAAUUGGCCUUCCCGGGUUACCAGGGGACCCUGGUGAAACUGGCCAAUCUGGAUUAAAGGGUAAUGUCGGAAUCGAAGGCCCUCGUGGAGGAGUGGGUGUCACUGGAAAGACUGGUCCUGUUGGUGCAAAAGGUAAAACUGGAAAACCAGGCGUUAAAGGUAUUAAGGGUUCCAUUGGCAAAACAGGAAAACGAGGUCCUGAGGGUCGACAGGGACAGAAGGGUCAGACAGGAGCACCUGGAUUCACAGGAGACCGUGGCGAGCAGGGUUACUUGGGUUAUUCAGGAGUUCCAGGAAAUCGUGGGGUGACGGGACCGAAGGGUUCUAAAGGUACAGGUGGCUUGCCAGGAAGUGAUGGGGAGCCAGGAGAGGAUGGUCCUCUGGGUAUUCCGGGAGUUGUGGGGGUGCCUGGGCCUUUUGGAUCUAAGGGUUUGAAAGGUGAUCGUGGUGGGAGGGGGCGACCUGGAAGAGUAGGAACUGUGGGUCUACAAGGAGACAGUGGGGAUGCAGGAGUUCCGGGAAAACCUGGACCAAAAGGCUUGCCUGGGCCAACAGGUGCCAAAGGAGAAACAGGACCAGAUGGUGAAAAGGGCACAUUAGGGCGUAAAGGAGGGAAGGGUGUUAAAGGAGAUAAGGGAGGUGCUGGAUCUCGUGGUGACAAAGGGCAGCGUGGAGUGAAGGGUCGUUUCGGUCGUGAUGGGCUUCCUGGUCCUAUUGGACCUCCUGGUCUUCCAGGUCCCAGAGGUGACAAAGGCCCUAUAGGAGACCAGGGAGUGAAAGGACAGAGUGGGCCAAAAGGAGAACCAGGUGAACCUGGUCCAGGACUGACGGAUGAGCAGAUAUUGCAGCUGUGUCAAGGUGUGGUCACCGCUCACAUCUCCCAGUAUGCUUCAUCUAUACGUGCCAAAUGCGUACAGGGCUGUCCGAUCAACAACCGCACGCUCAUCGGGCCCCCAGGAGUCACAGGACCCUCUGGAAGUCCAGGCAAACCUGGUAAAGCAGGAAAGGUAGGUGCUAAAGGAGAAAGAGGCCUUCUAGGAAUAAAAGGUGUAGAGGGCCAGAAAGGAGCUACAGGGGACAGAGGCGCUAAAGGUCAGAAAGGACAGAGGGGUGAUCCUGGAAAAGGUCUUCCAGGGCAUGAUGGUCACCAAGGCCUCAGAGGACUGCCAGGCCAUCCAGCAGAACCAAAAGAUGGAACUAAUGGGCCACAAGGACCCCGUGGUUUUCCCGGGCCUGUGGGUCAGCCUGGCAUGGUUGGCGAUGCAGGAAUACCUGGCGUGUGCGAGGCACGAGACUGCAGCAUUCAUGCUCCUGUAGUGCGCAAAGAGAUGGGAUUGGUCAAAGGCCCUCUCAGCCAGGCCUGACAACAGUGACGAAUGUGAGUGACCCACGACAGGAGAUAAUCUUCAGCAGAGACCAUGAAAAUAGUGCUGUCAGAUGGAAGACAUCACAUACAGACAGACUGGAGUCAAGAGCUGGAGAUCAAAUCUCUACAGAUUUGUUUACCAAUUUGAAGUCCAAAAAUGAAACUAUACAAAUGAAAACUACCAGCACUUUUGGUUUCAUUCAUCAACGUUUUAGUUUCAUUAUAAAUACAGUACAGACAAUGUAAAUAAUUUUGUAAAGCAUCUUACAUUUACAUUUACUGUGUCCUGAAAUAUCAUGUUUUAUUGUCUUGAUUCAUCAAGCUGAAUUAAAGAUCAUUUUUUUUGUAAACAUGUUAAGCCGUGUUUGAUUGUGUGGCAUGAAUAUAGUGUAACCACAAAAUUUUAUGAUCAUUGUUCAGGCCAUUAUCAUACAUUUUUGAAUAACUGUAAAAUCCGUUUAG